AUGAUCAAUAUUCUCCCCUCACAUUUCAUUGGAGUCAUCCUUUCUAGCCUGUUCUAUGGCUUUACUCUCGCCCAGACCUUGUGGUAUUUCCAGACUUAUCCAAAAGACAGAUGGACUAUGAAGGCGUUGGUAGCUUUUCUGUGGACGUUGGACACAGCACAACUCGCCCUUGUCGCCGCAUCAAUAUAUCACUAUACCAUCACGUGGCAAGGUGACAUAGAAAUGUCAUCCCGUGUAUCAAAAACAUUUGAGGCAUCCAUGGGCGUGACUUCAAUAAUAGCUUUUCUGGUGCAAUUGACAUACGCUCAUCGUAUAUGGCGACUUAGUUUUGGAAACAUUCUAGUCACAUUUUUUAUAGUCCUGUUAGCAUCGGUCGCGUUAGGAUCUGGCGCAGCAAUGGUUAUCAAAACUGUCCGCGAUCCCCUGUGGGAUAGCACUCACGUUAGCAACCUGCCGGCUUCUAGUUUCUACCUAUCUUCGAUGGCAUGUGAUGUCCUCAUUGCUGCUACGCAAGUGUACUUGUUUCAUAAGUCCCGCACCGGGAUAGGAAGACUUGGCGGACUCAUCACCCGACUUACCGUGCUUGUUGUCAACGUAGGCUUGAUAACUAGCAUAGAUGUCACACUAUUUCUCAUCCUGUUUCUCGUCUGCCCCCGCAACGGUGCCUUUCUUGUCCCAUACGUCCUCAUGAGCCACUGUUAUUUGAAUAGCUUCCUUAGCGUUCUAAACUCUCGUCGUGAGUUACGGGAACUGGUCGAUAAUGAUGACGUAGGCGACCCUGUUCUUCUCAUCAUCCUGACUGCACCUGACGCGACGCCAUUUCAGUAUGCUUGUCCCAGCAUCUACAGUGCACCUGACGUGACACCAUCACAGCACGAUUGUCCCAGCAUCUACACCGUUGCCUCAGUAUAGACUUCAGGUCCCUCUACUCGCGCGCCACUUUGUGUGAUGCCCACCGACUAUGGUGUACCGCGACACAUACAAUCAUCCCUCUCGUCGGACACGAACACUGCACUGUACAUUACCGCACCCAAGCACACGAUAGACCAGACUUGUCAGUCACCGCGAGUUGAAUUGAAAACAAUAGUAUUGGCUACCGUGCGCAGAUGAUGUUGAAGUCAAACAAGUAUGUAUACUGUACAUCAAUGAAGCCGCUUUGCGGAAAAGUCGACCGCAGAAUCAAUCAGAACACACAAG